GUUCCAAGGCUACCGCAGUUGAGGGCAAAGCUACAAGCCGGUUUUGGAAAACAAAAAAUGAGCGAGAGGGUUUUGUUUCUACUUCUUUGUUUGAAUGUGGUCUCUUAUCUAGUGAUUGCUGAAACACAAACAUGUCCUGCUGAUCUUGGUGGUAAAUGUGCUGAUGAUUCAGGUGAUUGGGAAGGGGAAUUUUUCCCUGGCAUUCCAGAGGUUAAGUAUGAGGGCCCUUCUAGCAAGAAUCCUCUAGCAUACAAAUGGUAUAAUGCAGAGGAGGUGAUUCUUGGGAAGAAAAUGAAGGAUUGGUUGAGAUUCAGUGUUGCUUUUUGGCACACAUUCCGUGGGACAGGUGUUGAUCCAUUUGGUGCACCAACCAAGUUUUGGCCAUGGGAAGAUGGUACCAAUUCCUUGGCUAUGGCCAAAAGAAGAAUGAGAGCCAAUUUUGAGUUCAUAAACAAGCUUGGAGUUGAUAGGUGGUGUUUCCACGACAGGGAUGUAGCUCCUGAUGGCAAUACCCUGGAGGAAACCAAUGCAAAUUUGGAUGAAGUGGUUGCCCUUGCCAAAGAGCUUCAGGGAAGCAAAAUCCGUCCUUUAUGGGGUACAGCCCAAUUGUUUGUGCAUCCUCGUUACAUGCAUGGUGGUGCUACCAGCUCUGAAUUAGGAGUUUAUGCAUAUGCUGCUGCUCAGGUCAAGAAAGCCAUUGAGGUAACACAUUAUUUGGGUGGAGAAAAUUAUGUCUUCUGGGGUGGCCGGGAAGGUUAUCAGACUCUUCUGAAUACUGAUAUGGAAAGAGAGCUUGAUCAUUUGGCAAGAUUUCUUGAAGCUGCUGUUGCCUACAAGAAGAAGAUUGGAUUCAAUGGAACAUUUCUGAUUGAACCCAAGCCUCAAGAACCAACCAAGCACCAGUAUGACUGGGAUGUUGCCACAACAACUAACUUCUUGAGAAAAUAUGGCCUCAUUGAUGAAUUUAAGCUGAAUGUUGAAUGCAACCAUGCUACCCUUUCUGGUCACAGCUGCCAUCAUGAGCUUGAAACUGCACGAAUCAAUGGUUUGCUAGGGAAUAUCGAUGCGAACACUGGCGAUCCUCAGAUUGGUUGGGACACAGAUCAGUUCUUGACAGAUAUUUCUGAGGCAACUUUGGUUAUGCUAAGUGUGAUAAGAAAUGGAGGGUUAGCUCCAGGAGGAUUCAACUUCGAUGCAAAAUUACGAAGAGAGAGCACUGAGGUUGAGGACUUAUUCAUUGGUCAUAUUGUUGGGAUGGAUACCUUGGCUCGUGGCCUUCGAAAUGCUGCCAAGCUGAUUGAGGAUGGUACCUUGUCCGAGCUUGUUCGUAAGAGAUACUCCAGUUUUGACUCACAGUUAGGGGCACAAAUUGAGGCCGGUAAAGCCGAUUUUGAUCUGCUUGAGAAGAAAGCCAUGGAGUGGGGAGAACCCAAGGUUCCUUCUGCUAAGCAGGAACUUGCUGAGAUGAUUUUCCAAUCUGCAUUGUAAAGAGACGAAGCUUAGCACUAGUGUUUUUAGCUGCGUAAGGCAUUAAGGGUUUUGUUCUUAAAAAGCUUUCGACUAGGAGCAAUGCAGAGUAUUCUACAAGUAGAUGCCUAGAAGUUAUAUUGUUUAAAAUAACUUUUGUUGCACUCUUUUGUCACAAUAUUGAAGCAUAAAAUAAAACUUUUGUCAUAAUUUCAUCCAGUCUAU